UCGGUCCCGACGUCACGACACAGCGGUGUAGGAUGUAGCUCAGGACGUGGCUAACGAGCUACUAGUUACAGUAGGACGUCAGGAAAAUCAAAAACCUCGGGAUUAGGAUCUGUUUCACUACAUGUUCAAGGCGGGUGUGUGUCUCUUAUCCCGGACAGAUUGGUUCUGCCUGAUGUCGCCGUUUUACCUCCAGAGCUGAAUGGAAGCAUUUCAGGCCUUUUGUGAGUGAGGAGGCUGUGUAUCCCAGGUAUGUACCAUGGGGUACGACAUUACGAGGUUCCAAGGGGAGGUGGAUGAAGACCUGCUGUGCCCCAUCUGCAGUGGAGUGCUGGAAGAACCAGUGCAGGCUCCUCACUGCGAGCAUGCCUUCUGUAACGCCUGUAUAACCCAGUGGUUUGCGCAGCAGCAGAUAUGUCCCGUGGACCGCACCGUGGUGACGCUGGCUCACCUGCGGCCCGUGCCCCGCAUCAUGCGUAACAUGCUGUCCAAACUGCAGAUCAGCUGCGACAACGCGGGCUUCGGCUGCGGCGCCACGCUGCGCCUGGACCAGCUGACGUCACACCUCAAAGACUGCCAGCACAACCCCAAGAGACCCGUGAGCUGCGUGGAGGGCUGCGGGCUGGAGAUGCCCAAAGACGAGGUUCCUAACCACAACUGCAUCAAACACUUGCGGACGGUGGUCGGUCAGCAGCAGACCAGGAUCUCAGACCUGGAGAAGACCGUGACGGAGCACAAACACCAGCUGGGGGAGCAGAAGCGGGACAUCCAGCUGCUGAAGGCGUACAUGAGGGCGAUCCGCAGCGCCAACCCCAACCUGCAGAACCUGGAGGAGAGCAUCGAGUACAACGAGAUCCUCGAGUGGGUGAACUCCAUGCAGCCGGCGCGGGUCACUCGUUGGGGGGGGAUGAUCUCCACUCCGGACGCCGUGCUGCAGGCGGUCAUCAAGCGCUCUCUGAUCGACAGCGGCUGCCCGCUCUCCAUCGUCAACGACCUGAUCGAGAACGCCCACGAGAGGAACUGGCCUCAGGGCCUCGCCACGCUGGAGACGCGGCAGAUGAACCGGCGAUACUACGAGAACUACGUGGCCAAGCGGAUCCCCGGGAAGCAGGCGGUGGUGGUGAUGGCCUGCGAGAACCAGCACAUGGGCGAAGACAUGAUCCUGGAGCCCGGACUCGUCAUGAUCUUCGCUCACGGAGUCGAGGAGAUCUUGUAAUGAAGACGACGAAUUCCUGAUCUGAAUCCUGGCUGAUUUAACCCUUCCUGUCGUGUUCGAUUCUCUCCUCGCCUCACUGGUGUUCCCGGGGGCGUUUAACAGCUCUUACAGUAACACAGGAAACACUUAUCAUGUUAUUCAACGCCCUUGUAGACUGGUUUACAGUGCCGUGGACAGUCCCCAUUAAUCGACUGUCACAAAAAACACUUAGUGGAGCAGCUAGUUUCCAGCUGUUGCCCCGGGCCAGACGAUAAAAGACAGCUUUUUAAAAUCUCAACACAUCGACAGCAUUGGUUAUAAAGAAAACGAUGUGUUUUAACUGAUCUUACAUUAACACAGAAAGCACUAAUCACGACCAAAUGUUAUUCAACUCCCGUCAGUGUCUCAGACGGCUGGUCACAUGAAUAACUGCAGAGGAUACACGCUGGAGAUCUGUGGAUGUAUCGAACAUAACAGACUAGCUGCAGAGUCUUAUCGUGAACCCACAAAUGUUGAGGACCCCAACGUUUUAUCUUCGAAAUGUACAGUACGGGUCCCGAGCACCUAGAAGCUGCCGGAUGCUAACCUGCAUAUGUUGGGCAAUUUGUAUAAGUAGCACAAGUUGUGUUAAUUAUAGCCUAUGGCGGACAAUAGUUGUUAAAUGUCUUUAGAGUAGUUUUGGGGGUUCUUGAGGAUGUCGACUCCAUUUCUGACAUUUUUAGGAUCAUGAAGGGCAGUUUAAACCAGAAAGUAGACAUAUUUGUUCACUGAUGUGAUGAAUUUGGGGUCGAUUUUAAGUUUUAGGAGACUCGAAACUGCCAUUUAUGAUCCUUAACAUGUCAGACGUUGAUAAAGCAUCCUCAAUAACAUCUCAAGUCACUCCAAAAUUGUCCAAAUCAGCCAAGACAUGUUUUAGCCAUUGUGUGAAUAUGCUAGUUAACGCAACCUAUGAUAAUUGAGCAAAUUGCCCGACAUAUGCAGGUUAGCAUCCGGCAGCUUCUAUGCGCUGGGGACGUGUACAUUUCUAUCAUAACACUUUGUGGCACCCUGCUGGAGACUAGACUGUAAUUCAGGGUUACCCAUUCAUUCCUAUGGGGGCAUUUUUAAACCGGGAACAUCGCAGGUGUAACUAAGACCGUGUUCGAAUGCCUGCUGUGGAGGAAGUCACACGGCCUCGAACAGAUCAAAUGUUAAACACUAUAUUAACGAUGGAAGUAGAUCCGAACACGACGGGGGGGUUCAAAUGAAGAGGCUCUGCUCAGCUUCAUGCCUUUGCCUUAAAGAAGGACACACUAUGAACCUGACUGAAAGAAAAGACUGGUCCCUGUUUACAAGGUUUGUAUGUUGGUGCAUUGUUUGAUCUGAUUGUCCUCAUAUAGUAAUAAGCUUGAAAAAGAAACCCCCGUUGAAUGCGCUCAGUUGUAUAAAUGCUUGUAAAUACAAAUACUAUAUUGAAUUCUAAAUGUCUCUCCUUCCUCUCUGUAUAAUGCGUUUCUGUGAGUCGGCGUUUCUUUUCCGCAGGACGAUGACUCGAAGGUUUUUCUCGCGCUCGCUUCAGUUUCCUGCGAGCAUUUCACCACAGGACGUUCUUCUGAGUUUAGAUUGUCUGAACCUCCUGUGCCAUUUGGUUUAUUUAUUGUGUUGCCUUUUACACACACAUGCUUGAAGAUGUGAUGUCUGGAAAUCUGCCUUUCGGUGCAUUUGAAGUUCAUGCAGGAAGAAGAAAUGAGGAUCUGUGUUUUUCUUUGUGGCCUCAGAUUGUAAAUAUGGUCUGUUCUUUGGGUCCAGUGGAUGUUAAAUUUGAAGUUUAACAUUUCUGAUGAGUUUUAUUUGACAAAUGGUAAUCAUGAUUCACUUUAUAUCGACUUCUCACGUCACUGCCGAGCGUCAGAGACUGUCAAGUAUUUGUAAAAUCACUCUAAAGGCUUUCUGAGAGUUCAACUCUGCUGUGUUUAAAGUAAACAGGAAGUUUGUUUUGUGCCCUUUUUAUUUUUUAAUAUUCCCCCUCUUAAUGUUUCUGUUUGUUUUGUGUCUGUUAUGUACCGUGUUGUACAGACAAAGUAAUAAAACAUGUCAACUCAAAA